AUGUCAGUCACACUGGUUCACGGGAACCCCAGGAGCGGCUCCGUUUAUCAGGGCCAUGCCUGCGUCCGUGGCACGGCCUCUGGCACCCUCAUCGCGAGCAACCAAGAACUGAGCUUUUGGGGAGGCGUGCAUUCCGAAACGGGCGAGAUCGUUGAUCAGCAUCAUCCCUUGAAAGGAAAACAUCUGAAAGACAAGAUCCUUGCGAUCCCCGGCGGCCGUGGAUCUUGCUCCGGCUCAACCGUACUGCUGGAGCUACUCCUCAACCACAAAGGCCCCAGGGCGAUCAUCUUUCAGCGACGAGAAGAUAUUCUCACUUUGGGGGUGAUUGUCGCAGAAGAAAUAUUCAACAAGGCCAUUCCGGUCGUGGUUCUGGAGCCGGGGCAUUUCAAGAAUCUUCUGAAACUGGAUGGGAGCACGAUUUUUGUUCACGACGAGUGCAUCUCCAGCGUGGAGCUCGGGCACAUCACCUGCCAACACCUAGCAGAUCAUGGCGCAAACCAAGCCGAACCUCACGCAAGCCCGGUCAAGCUUUCUGCCGUUGAUCAAGAGCGUCUGGACGGCCAGCAUGGUCGAGCUGCGCAAGCAUCCAUGCGGAUCAUUCUGCGUAUGGCAGAGCUGAUUGAGUCUCAGGAGUUGAUGAGCGUUACCCAAGUCCAUGUGGACAGCUGCAUCUACACCGGGCCCGCGUCUCUGGCUUUCGCCGAGCAACUCCGAGACUGGGGUGGAAAGGUAUUGGUCCCGACAACGCUCAACUCCAUCUCGAUCGACCAGAAGCGAUGGCGUACCCAGAAAAUUGACCCGACGUUUGCUGGUGCUGCCACGAGGCUGUCAGACGCCUUCACCAAUAUGGGCGCGAAGCCGACCUUUACCUGCGCCCCUUACCAGCUGGACAGCGCGCCCAAACUUGGCGACCAGGUGGCCUGGGCUGAAUCCAAUGCCGUCGUCUACGCCAACAGUGUGCUUGGGGCGAGAACCAGGAAGUACCCUGAUCUGCUGGAUAUCGCCAUCGCCCUGACAGGCCGAGCACCCACAGGAGGCCCUCAUCUAGAGGUCAAUCGGGUAGCAACACUCAUCAUCCGAGUCACAGAGCUCGGAGGCGCGGAUAACAUUGACGACUCCUUAUAUCCACUCCUCGGGUAUCACGUCGGCUCCGUAUCAUCCGAUCAUAUUCCUGCAGUUGUUGGACUUCAAAAUCUGGGCCCCUCUAAAGACAACCUGAAAGCAUUCGGUGCCGCUUUCGCAACAGUUUCAAGCGCCCCCAUGUUCCACAUAGUGGGAGUCACACCAGAAGCCACAGACCUCGGCAAGGUCAUUUCCCAGGAGCCAGGCGUGCGAACUGUCAAAGUUGGGCUGAGAGAGCUGGCAAGCAGCUGGGAUGAGCUCAACAGCACGUCAAAGGGCCAGCCAGUUGGCCUCAUAUCCCUUGGAAACCCGCACUUUUCCUUUGCCGAGGUGAGGAAACUUGCUCAACUCUGCCAAGGUCGCAGGAAGGACGACAGCGUUGCCGUGAUAAUAACAUGCGGCCGGUCGGUAUACCACCUAACCAAACAAGCCGGAUUGGUCGACGAGCUGGAGAAGUUUGGAUGCCAGUUCAUGACGGAUACGUGUUGGUGCAUGAUCACGCAAGACACCAUUCUACGCACGACAGACGCCAUCAUGACGAAUUCCGGAAAGUAUGCCCAUUAUGGGCCCGGUCUCACAGGCAGGCCGUUCUAUUUUGGCAGCCUGGCUGGUUGCGUCGAUGUUGCUUGUCAAGGCGGACACGGAGGGAUCAAGCCGCACUGGCUUGCAGAGAACGCGGCUUAG